CUGCUGGGAAGGAGGAUGAGGUAAACUGCAAACGCCUCUUAACCUGUGAUUCAGGUGAUUGAUUCAGUAUCGGUCGUCAGGCUUUGGGAAAACACGACAGAGCCAACAUGGGCCCAGGUGGUUUGAUUCAGAUUCUCCUUCUUCUUGUUGUCUCCGUUUGUUUGAGUGGCGUUACUGGAAGUCCUAUAGCUGACUCAACCAUAAACUGUGAAGCAGGUGGGAAUAAACCUCUGGGAGCAGUAGAUGAAGGAUACUCAGGGGAUGUGGAGGUGGUGCAUGGUAUCGCACCAGGAAGCGGUGUCAAACUGGUGCCCUACAUCUUCCCCACUCACCUGGAGUUUCUGGAGCUGAGCUUCACACUCGGAGAAACCACUGCAACUGUUCGCACCAAGAAGCCGCUGGACGCAGAUGCACUGGCAUCUAGUGACAGCACCUUGUAUUAUUCUGUCAUGUGUGAUGGUGUUAUUAAGUACAACAACACUCGGACACUGAAAAUCAAUGACCUCAACGACAAUGGACCAGUAUUUGAACAGAAGUCCUACAGCAUCAUCGUCUCUGAGUCACAAGAAGUGAACAGUGAGCUUCUUCGAGUGAAAGCUGUGGAUGGGGACAGUUCCAUAGAAAACAGGACAGUGACAUAUUCCAUUGCACCAACUUCAGAAGACAUUAUGGUGACCAACUCAGGGGCUUUUAUUUUGAAGAGACGCUUGAACUUCAAUUUAGUCCAAAAGUACGACUUCACUGUGACGGCCAAGGAUAAAUGGGAGUUGAAUGACACAGCCACUGUGCUGAUCAGGGUGCAGGACUUUGACAACUUGAACCCAUAUUUCAGCCACAACCUGUACGCAGGCUUUUAUUCAAGAGAAUCAGGCUGGGUCUUUCCGUAGCAUUCUACCAGAGGCAAUAAAGGCCCAGGAUGGAGACACAGGGAUCAACAUGACUAUAAUUUACAGCAUCAGUUCAGUGUCUCCAGACACGUAUCAGCGCAACUUUAACAUCGACUCCAGCAGCGGAGUUCUGUCUGUGGCGACUGCUAUCGACAGAGAGGACAUGAACAGCAGCGUCAUCUCUGUCAGCAUCAAGGCAGCCCAGAGAGACGACAAUUUGAAGACAGCCAAUGCUAUUGUGUCCGUCACUGUUGAGGAUGUGAAUGAUAACGCCCCAGAAUUUGACCAGCCUGACUACUCUGUAACACUCUUGGAAAACUCUCCAGUUGAAACUGUUCUGUUUAAAGCCAUCGUCACCGACCGCGAUCAGGGAGGAUUUGUGGGAACACUGCGGAUCAUUCCAGAAUCUGCUCCUUUCUCUAUCAGCUCUGAUGGGACAGUCAGAGUGAAAAACUCCACGGUUCUGGACAGAGAGACCACUGAUAGCUUCACCUUUCAUGUAAACAAAAUUUCAAA